AUGGCAUCGCCAGACCUCGAGUGUCAAAAACCUACUCCGACGCAGGAGUCCCCCCACGACUCCGACACAGACUCAAAUACGCCAAAAAGGCCAUCGCCAAAAAACGGGUACUCCAUCCCGACAUGGCGCAAAUGUCUCAUCUUAUUCGUCGUCAGCUGGAUGACUCUCGCAGUCACAUUCUCGAGUACAUCUUUACUGCCCGCGACGCCCGAGAUCGCAACUGAGUUCUCGACAUCCACGGAGAUUUUAAAUGUCAUCAAUGCGGGCGUGUUGAUUGCGAUGGGCUUUUCGUCAUUCAUUUGGGGCCCCAUUACCAAUGUCUUUGGGCGCAGAGCGGCUUAUAAUGCGGCCAUCGUUAUUCUUUGUGGAUGUUCUGCUGGUACGGCAGCGUCGAUUAAUCUUCACAUGUUUAUUGCGAUGCGCUUGCUUAGUGGGUUUACCGGGACUUUCUUCAUGGUUGCUGGGCAGACUAUUAUCGCGGAUAUUUUUGAGCCGGUCGUGCGGGGUACUGCAGUUGGAUUCAUGAUGGUGGGUUCGGUCAGUGGACCGGCGAUUGGACCUUGCAUUGGCGGAAUCAUCGUGACCUUUUCUCAAUGGCGUAUUAUCUACUGGCUCCAAUUCGGCAUGACUGCACUGGGCCUGGUUCUUUCCCUUCUUUUCGUGCCAACAAUCAACAACAAGAGAGAAAUCGACGCGGCAAGCCGGCCUCGAACCGUCCGCUCGGUCCUGAGCAUGUUCAAUCCUCUCCGCAUUUUCGGACCGUUCAUAUACCCGAACGUGUUCCUCUGUCACUUUACAUGCGGCCUCCUCGCAACAUUCCAAUACGCAAUUCUCACAUCCGCCCGCUCAAUCUUUAACCCCCGCUUCAACCUAACCACUCCCUUGAUCAGCGGCCUUUUCUACCUAUCCCCAGGGAUGGGCUUCCUCAUCGGAAGUGUACUUGGCGGUAAGCUUUCAGACCGCGCGGUGAAGAAGUGGAUUAUCAAGCGCAACGGUGUGCGUCUCCCUCAAGAUCGCUUGAACAGUGGUCUCAUCACUUUGUUCAUUGUGCUCCCUGGCGCGACUCUGAUCUAUGCAUGGACCCUUAAAGAGGGCGUUGGUGGUAUGCCUGUGCCGAUUAUUAGCGCUUUCUUCGCUGGAGUGGGGUUGCUGGGCACGUUUAAUGGGUUGAACACUUAUUCAGCUGAGGUGAUGCCCCAUAUUCGCUCCGAGGUGAUUAGCGGCAAGUAUGUGGUGCAGUAUAUCUUUGCUGCAGCGGCGACGGCAGCUGUUGAGCCUUUGAUUAACUCUAUUGGUGUUGGUUGGACAUUUACAAUUUGUGUUUUCUUUGCCCUUAUCGGCGGUGUCUUCGUCUUCAUGAUCGUGAGAUGGGGACUUGACAUGCAACGAUGGGUGGAACAAAAGUUUGGCCUUGAUGCCAAAGCCUAA